GCGAGGCUCCUGACAGCCUCGUGGAUUUAAACUUUUCCCAGCGCGUCUAUGCAAAGAUCCAAUCCGCACUGUCAGCAACACGUGCUGCCCUAGGUUAUUCCGAUCUUUUGUGAAUCAUCAACAAAACUACUAAAGCUAUCGCCCAGCCCUACCAGCUUUCAUAGCGGUUACCAUCGAUCAUUAUUUCAUCGAGUGACCUGCUAACACACCGUUUCCGCUGGGAUUGCGCGCAAUGGAUGACGCUGAGAGACGCAGCGCGAAGCGCUCUCGCUUCGAUCAAACCGAGCCCGAACCUCGGCGCUCCCGAUUCGACCGCCGUUCCCGCUCUCCUCCGGCUCGCAAGCCUGAGUCUCAGCGCGAGCGCAGCCCUCUCCCACGGUCGCGCGACACGCCCAGCAUGUCCAAGUCUCCUCCGGUUGACCCCGCGGCCGCUGCGGCUGCCGCCGCCGCCCGGAUCAAUGCCGAGCUCCAAGCCCGAAAGGGGAUCCAGCAUGUCGACGUUCCGCCUGUUCGUGCGAGCAGCGUGACUAGCAGCAAUGCUGCGUCUGCCCCGGGUCCCAGCACCAUCAACGGGGAGAUGUAUAUCGCGGAUGGUGACUACAUCAAGGAUAUCGAGGUUAACGACUUGCGCAAUCGAUACCUGCUUACAAAGGGCUCGACUCAGAAAAUGAUCAAAGAAGAGACUGGUGCUGAUGUUACCACACGUGGAAGCUACUAUCCCGACAAGAACAUGGCUACUCCCUCGGUACGACAUGACACCCGGCUCGGCUGCUGUACGGUCCGGCUAACAGUUUCACAGAACCCACCUUUGUAUCUUCAUGUUACGAGUACGACAAAGGAAGGCCUUGAGAAGGCCGUUGCGAAGAUUGAGGAGCUGAUGAAGCAGGAGCUGCCCCAGCUUGUCGAUGAACGGCGUUUCCGCCGCCGGGACCAAGAACAGCAGCCGGUUGAGCGCGAUGAGUUUGGCCGACGCAAAUGGCCCGAGGAGAAGAUCCCGAUUGGUCUUGAGCCGGUGCCGGGCUUCAACCUCCGUGCCCAGGUUGUGGGACAUGGCGGAGCCUACGUCAAGCACAUCCAGCAAGAGACGGGCUGCCGCGUUCAGAUCAAGGGCCGCGGCUCAGGCUACAUGGAAGCGUCGACCGGCCGCGAGAGCGACGAAGACAUGUUUUUGCAUGUUGCGGGUCCGGAUCCGAAAAUGGUCGAGAAGGCCAAGGAGCUCUGCGAGGACCUGCUGGCAAAUGUCAGAGAGCAGUACGAGGAGUUCAAGAGCCGUCCACCUCGCAGCUACGGUGGCGGAGGAUAUGGCGGUCGCGGCGGCGGUGACUCGUAUCAUGGCUACAAUAGAGACAACCAUCACCAGAACAGCGGCCACAGCUACAGCAACUCCCCUGCCCCCGGCACUGGCCCUUCAGCGUCGCCGCCUUCGUCGACUAACACUCCGGCAUCAGCGGCUGACUACGCCGCGCAGUACGCUCAGUAUUACGGCGCCGACCCGUACGCCGCCUACGGUGGCUACCAAGCCUACGUUCAGAUGUAUCAGCAAUGGGCGGCUGCUCAAGCCGCACAGCAGGGAGGCGCUGCUGUUGCUGCUCCGGGCGCCUCCGCCUCCCCGCCGCCUCCGCCGCCGAGCGAGGCAGCACCUCCCCCUCCUCCUCCAUCCGCAGCGCCCCCACCGCCACCCCCUUCCGGACCGCCGGGUGCAAGUGGCUAUAGUGCUGUGCCCCCGCCCCCCGGGCUCUGAGCUGUGUGCGUUACGGCUCAGCGUUGACGAUUUGCGCGCUACACCCGACGACAUGAUCGCCUUAAGAAAUGUCUAGACUUUUUCGGACGAGCGAUCUUAGGCAUUUGAAGAUCGGCCGCAUAUACCGAACGGUCUUCUGUUCUCCCGUUGUCGCAACUUAUUGUAGUUGUAGCCAUGCACUGUAGAUUACCUAGUUUGCGACA